UCUCAACUCGUGGCACACCCUGUCACACAACCAGGAAGUCCGAUUCAGAAACUGAAAGGAAAGGAUUGUUCCGGAGCUUCGUGAAGUGUUUCUCAGCGCGUAUAAGAAUGGCAGAGGCGAUUUCAAGCGACAAUGAGCUUUUUACAUGUCCGAUUUGUUUGGAUCUUCUUAGGGAUCCAGUGACUACUAAUUGUGGACACAGUUACUGUAAAGGCUGCAUUAAGGGCUGCUGGGAUCAGGAAGAUCAGAAGGGAGUCUACAGCUGCCCCCAGUGCAGACAGACGUUCACUCCAAGACCCGUUUUAAACAAAAAUAAUAUUUUUGCUGAACUUGUGGAAAAGAUCCGGAAGACCAGAAUCCAAGCUGCUGCUCCUGUUUCAUGUCCUGCUGGACCUGGAGAUGUGGAGUGUGACGUCUGCACUGGGAGAAAACUCAAAGCUGUGAAGUCCUGUCUGGAUUGUGUGUUGUCUUACUGUGAAACUCACUUCAAAGCUCACAAUGACCUGAACCCCGGAAGAAAACACUCAGUGAUUGAUGCCACAGGCCAGCUACAGGAGAGGAUCUGCUCUCAUCAUAAGAAGGUUUUUGAAAUAUUUUGUCGAACUGAUCAGAGUUGUAUCUGCUAUCUGUGCACGAUGGACGAACAUAAAGGCCAUGACACAGUCACUGCUGCAGCAGAAUGGACAGACAAACAGAGGCAGUUGGGGCAGACCCAGAGGAGAUUCCAGCAGAGAAUCCAGGAGAGAGAGAAGGAGCUGCAGGAGCUGAGGAAGGCUGUGAAGACUCUCAAGAGCUCUGCACAGACAGCAGUGGAGGACAGUGAGAGGAUCUUCACUGAGAUGAUCCGCUCCAUUGAGAGAAGGUGCUCUGAGGUGAAAGAGCUGAUCAGAGAUCAGGAGAAGGCUGAGGUGAGUCGGGCUGAAGACCUCCUGAAGCGACUGGAGCAGGAGAUUGCUGAGCUGAAGAGGAGAGAUGCUGAGCUGGAACAGCUUUCACACACAGAGGAUCACAUCCAUUUCCUCAAGGUCCUGUCAAUCAGAGACUCUCCUCACUCCUCGCCCAGCAUGACCUUCAACCAAAGCUUCUCUUUUGAGGCUGUGAAGGAAUCUGUCUCUGGAGUGAAGGUGCAGCUGGAGAAGAAACUGGAUGACAUCUUCAGGCAGGAAGUAGUCAAGAUAUCUGCAGCAGUAACGAAUAUCCAGAUCAUCCAGUCCUUAGAAUAUGCUGAUCCUGAGCUCCCAGUCAGAAGAACAAGCAGUAAGGGGUUACUGCCACCAGAGAUGUCUGAAGUCCAGGCUGUUUUUCCUGAACCAGUGACCAGAGAGGAGUUCUCACAGUACUCCUGUCACUUCACACUGGAUCCAAACACAGCACACAGAAACCUCCAUCUGUCUGAGGGGAACAGGAGGGUGGAGUGGAGACGUGAGGUCCAGUCAUAUCCUGAUCAUCCAGAGAGAUUUGAUGAGUGUCAUCAGGUGCUGUGUAGAGAGGGUGUGUCUGGACGCUGCUACUGGGAGGUUGAGUGGAGUGGGGAGGUUAUUAUAUCAGUCUCAUAUAAAAGCAUCAGCAGGAAAGGAGGGGGUCAUGAGUGUCUGUUUGGAUGUAAUGAUCAGUCCUGGAGUCUGGUCCUCCUCCUCCGCAGCUCCUCUUUCAGACACAAUAAUAAAAAGACUAACCUCCCUCUAGUGGCCAGCUCCAGAAUAGGAGUGUAUGUGGAUCACAGGGCAGGAACUCUGGCCUUCUACAGCAUCUCUGACACAAUGACCCUCCUGCACAGAGUCCAGACCACAUUCACUCACACACUCUACCCUGGGUUUGGGCUUAAUGUUGGAUCAUCAGUGAAGCUGUUGUGACUGACAUGUCUGCCAGCAGCGCGUUUAACACUUGUCUAUGUGUGUGUGUUUGUGCGCAUCGGGGCGGAACUCUACCGUGCGCGAUACAGAGAGCAGAGGAGAAUUGUAAACGCACGACCAUGUAGAG